AACUGGACUUUGCUAUUGUUUUAUGGGUCUGAGCUGCUGACAUGACGACGCCCUCCAUGAGCUCACUUGGUCCGGCUGCUUUCUGUGUGCCUGAAGAGAGACAAGAAAAGUGAACGGUUUUGUUUCUUUUCACCCCUGGAAGAGAACAACAAUGUCUCGGUACCACAAGGCGGCCAUUGAUGGUUACUUAGACCUUUUGAAGGAGGCCACAAGAAAAGAUCUGAAUUCACCGGACGAGGAUGGCAUGACACCGACCUUGCUGGCUGCGUUUCAUGGACAUGUGGAUGCACUCCAGCUCAUUUGCAGCAGAGGGGGAGACCCCAACAGAAGCGACAUCUGGGGAAACACGCCGUUGCAUCACGCCGCCGCUAACGGUCACAUGCACAUCCUGAGCUUCCUGGUGAGUUUCGACGCCAACUUGUUUGCGUUGGACAACGACUUGCACACAGCAAUGGACGUCGCUGCGUCGCGGGAUCGGAUGGAUUGUGUGCGCUUCCUGGACGGCGCAGCUUCACAGCAGACCAACCAGAACCCAAAGAGAGUUGCCAGGUUAAAGAAGGAGGCUGGCAAAGAAGCAGAGAAACGGGUGAAACUCUGCGAGAAGGUGAAGCGGAGACACCAAAGCAGGAUGGAUAAGAUGUACCGCGGUGCAGACGCUACCGGAUCUGUUUCGGAGGCGAGCGAUACAUCGGCCUUGUCAAGCGGGGGUUCCGUUAUGGGCGUCAACGAGCAGUUCUCCAAGCUUAUCGCCUCUGAUAAAUCUGGCUCGCUGACAGCCAGAGUGAAAGGCACACUGCAGAAGAAGCUUGGGAAGAAAGAAAAGGGGACCAUGCAGGGAUCAGGCGCAGACGGAAAUGUUAUUUUUCUCAAGCCGGAAGAUGCGGCAUCCGAGAAUCCAGAGUUCUUAGAUGUUUUCAACGAGCAGGAUGAGGCCAUGCUAGAAGAGGAAGGAGAGGUCGGUUAUGGAGACGAUGGAGACUCAGGUCAAGUCAAACAGUCCAUCUUCAACAGACCAGGGCUCGGCGGUCUUAUCUUCAUGAAGAGGAUGGGCCUGGAGACAGAGGAUGUCCCGAGUGGGAACAAUGAAAGCCUCGGCUACCUCGUUCAGAACGAAACACUCGAGGUAGAGGAAGACAUCUGUGGCUUAGAGGGGAACACCAACGUGGAUGUCCCAUGGGAGCAGGAAGAUCUGGGCUUGGAUGACGAGGAGGAAGAGACUUCUCCUCUGGAUGCCUUCUUGUCUUCCAUCUCCUUGUCAGAGUUUGCCCUGGCCUUCACCAGAGAGCACAUGGACCUGGAGGCGCUCAUGCUUUGCUCAGAUGAAGACCUGAAAAGCAUUCGUAUCCAGUUGGGGCCCAGGAAGAAGAUCCUGGAAGCAGUUUCACGUCGGAAGAAUGCGCUGGAACGCCCAUGCGCCAUGGGAGACAGCUGUCUGUGAGAACUGAAUAAUAGAUUACAUUUAAUUGUGCCAUUUUCCAGAGAGGAAGUUUGAUUUAUAGUGCAAAAUAUGAUUUAUCUAACUAUUUAUCUAAAACACAAACAUUGGAAUAAUACCGUUCAGAACAGGAGUGGCAUGAAUGGAAUGUAUGGAGAGGAUCAACAAACCCUCCUCAAGUCAAGUCCCAACAAAUAUAGAAAUGUGUUCAUUUCUUGUGUUCAUGUCUUGUCACACAUGCUGUAAGAGAUUCUUAUGGAGGCUGGAUGUUCAAUGAA